UUUUCUUUUUUCUUUUUCUUUUUUCUUUUUUUUCUCCCACAUUCUCUUUCCUAAUUACACUUACAAAAACUCCUCAAUUACCGCGAAAACACCCCACUGAUAAGGAUGCUCUUAAACACAUUUAGUGCAUAUCCCAUGCUUGUAAUAGUUAUAAAAAUGUCCCCGUAUUUUCCCCUAAUUUUUAACCAUUGAUGACAUAUGAAAUUGAUCUAAAAUCUGCCCUAAUUAGUUACCUAAAAUUUUCCCAUUCUGUUUUUUUUUACUAAAUCCCUAAUCGCCGUACACGCACGCGGCACGCCUCUAAGCCUGCACCGGCAGUAGCGCUCGCCCUGCAACCUAGCAACGUCAGGCAGUCCGUCCGGCGACACCGGCACACCGCUCACGGCUUUGGGCAGUCCACCGCAGGCGUGCGACGGCACUGAGCCUUCAAGCUGGUGGAACUUAAGUGCUAUGGUAUCAAUUUAAAGAUAUUUUCCUGAACAGAGAAAGGCGCAGGGAUCAGGAUGGGAAGUCAGGGGAGUUGGUGGUUGCGAUUUUCCCCAAGUUCUUUAGUUUAUAGCACUAAGGAGCAACAGAAAUGGAGGACGAGACUAGUAGUGGCAUUGGCUCUACUUCUGCAGCGAGCUCCUCAUCUAAGGACGGGAUGACGGUGGAGGAAUGUCAAAACAUGAUUCGAAGGAGUCUCCAAACUCCAACGGUGAAGUUUUUGAUGGAACAUUUGAAGAAAGGCGGUUGUGAGAUCAGUGACAAUUUCAUAAAGGCCGAUCAUUGUGGUGACAAGAUUAGUGGCGGUUAUGUCCAGGGGAAAGGAAUAGUAAUAUGUAGCAACCACUUGACCAUGCAAGACGAGGUAAGCCAGGUUAUCAAACACGAGCUAAUUCAUGCGUACGACGAAUGCCACGCUGCAAACCUGAACUGGGCUGAUUGUGCUCACCAUGCGUGUAGUGAGAUUAGAGCUAACCAUCUCAGUGGCGACUGCCAUUUCAAACGGGAGUUGCUGCGAGGUUACUUAAAGAUGCGUGGCCACGAGCAAGAUUGUGUGAAGCGAAGAGCGAUGAAGUCCGUGAAAAGUAACCCUUACUGUUCAGCAGCUGCUGCUAAGGAUGCCAUUGAAGCAGUCUGGGAUAUUUGUUACAAUGAUACUAGGCCCUUUGAUAGAGCUCCGUAAAGAUAUGAUAAUCGCGGCCAGCUUCUGAGAGAGACAAAUUUUUUGGUAAUAUUGCUCCACUUCUGACUUGAAGCAUUGCAAUUGAAAAUAGAAAUUGUAUUCUUUUUGUGAUAAUCUUGUGGUUUUGUGUACACAUUAGGUAUUAUAUUUGGGUCAGUUUAUGAUAUUAUAUGGUAGACAUAAUUUGAUAUCUUGAUUGCUUUUAUUGACAAAAAAUUUCUAAAAUUAAUUAUAAAGAAUACUUAUGAAAA